UCCCGCGCGAUUCCGCCGAGUCGGCAAUCUAGGGCUUUUUGUUUCUUUUCUCCAUUCGUCACCGGAGAAAUCGAGGCGAUCAAUCUCUCGUCAUCAUGGCGCAAAACUACGACCGCCACCUCAAAAUCCCCUCCCUCCCUUUAAAACCCCAAUUCCCCCGUUUCUUCGGCCGAAAUCGCCCCAAUGUCUUCGUCUCUCCGGCGAUCUCGCUUCCGGGUUCGGGACCCAAACGAGGAUCCGAUACGCGGCCGAUCCGAAGAGUUCAUCUGACUCCGGCGAGGUCGAGGCUGAUCUCGAAUCUAUGACCGGAAAAGGGAUAAAGCGUCUGUGUUCGGAGCUUCUCGAAUUGAAGAAAGCUUCGGAUGACAAGUUCCAGAGGAGUGUGUAUUCGAGUUACUCUGCAUUUGUCAGAAUAUUGGAAGAAGUUGGAGGUGUAGAAAACGAAAUCAUCGAAAUGAAAAAACAUGUCUCAGCGGAGAUGAAGCUUGUUCAAGCUCUCACGAGCAAUCUUUAUGCAGAUAUCAUCACCGAUGGGUUAGAAGAAACAAAGGUUGACGAUUUCGGCUUUAUUUCGCCUUCUAGAUUUGAGAUUCACAUGCAAGAUGUUUUGGUAACAAUGGACAUUCUUCUAUCGGAGUGCCGAUUAAAGGAAGCUCUUGCUCUGUUGGAGAAGGAAACUAUCACCUUACGAAAGUUCCAAAUUGAAGAAGAUUGUUCAUCUUCAAUUAUCAUGUCCUAUAAAUAUGCAUUAUCAGAAAGGAGAAAGAGGCUCUCUGACCAGCUUUCUUUUAUUGCUGAACACCCAAGAGUGUCUCAACCAGAACUCCAAAAGGCACUCUCUGAACUCUGUAGGUUAGGCGAGAAUCAUCGGGCAAAGUCUUUACUCCUAAAAUUUUAUCGUUCACGCCUUCAAAAGAAGGUGUUUGAAUUGCAGUGCUUGAAACCGUGCUUAUAUGGAACUCACAUAAGGGAGCUUGCAAAGGCUGUAUUCUCUACCAUAUCUGAAGCAGCAAGUUGUUUUGUUGUGUUGUAUGGUGAAACAACUCCUUAUAGUUCAGAGCUUAUUCUGUGGACCAGAGAAGAAACCGAAACAUUUAGUCAUGAAUUUUACAAAUACGUCAGAUCUGUUUCAGAAACCAACGAGGGCAUAUCUUUGGCAAUUGAGGCUGCAAAUAGUGCCCUUAAUCUUUGCUCUCUUUUAAGAUCUCAGAGAAUAGACUUGGUGUCAAAGUUAAUGGAAUUUAUCAGGCCUUGCAUGGAAGAAGUAUUGCAGAUGCAUUUGGAGCAUUUUAAAAGAGUUUUCCAUGUUUUUACAACCUCAGAUAAUUGGACUCUGGGUAAAUUUCUCAGCUUAGGAAUAUUGAGGGACAUGUCCUCUCUUACAGGGAUUGGUGACAAAGUGGAAUAUUGCCUACUUACUAGCAGUGGCCGAAAGUUUGUCACCCUAAUGCAGGCAAUUGUAGAUGAUGUUUCGCCCUUGGUUGUUCUCAAACUGCGAGGUUCAAUACUCAAGGGCCUUGCUGGCUUGUUCAGUGAGUACAUUUGUGCCCUUGAAAGAGCUAUUCCACCUAGAGAAAAUGCAACAGAAAAUGGCUCUCCAAAAGUUAACUCUGCUCAAUCCCUUCAACAACAACUCUCACUUUUAGCCAAUGCCUCCACGCUGGCGCAUUUCUUCCCAAGUAUUGCUGGUGGUAUCAUUAAGGACAACAAAUUUUCGAAGGAUGAUUUAUCUUUUGAACAAACCGAGUUUUUUUCACAGAACGAACUUGAUGACUGUAUAUUGUCAAUUGGGGAAGCUGCAAAUCAACUGCGAUGCUAUUUCUCUCGGCAAUUUGUGCUCUGGGUUAUGUCUCAUGAAGAUUAUGAAUCCGAACCAUAUUUGGAAGAAUGGUUCAUACAUAUCGCAUCACAAGAUCCGGUGCCUUCUUUUGUCUUUCUGUUGCUGUUUGUGCGGUUGAGGCAAUUGGAGCAACUUUCGAAAUCCAUCUUUAUUGGUGAGAAUGGGAUGAUCAAGAAGCUACAAAAAGAGAUACUGGAUGUUUUGAUUGCGUGGCUCUCUAAGAACCGGGAGCUCUGGAGAAAAACUGUGAAAUGUUCAUCUAUACGGCACUGUGGGUGCCUUGAGCAGGUUUAUCUAGAUAUGCAUUUCCUGAUGGAGAUUGCGAUACUUGGAGGAUACUGUUCAGAUGAUUUGGUAGUUGCAGCAAUGGAUUUGAUAGAAGAAAUGGAAGCAGAAUUCACUAAAACUUGUUCCAGUUUGAAGAGCUUUUGCAGUGUCGUGCCUGAAAGAGACUGGGCUCUGAAUGCUGCCAAGUUGGCAAUUAAGAAACUUCUGGAAGUUGAAGCUGCAAAUUCUGAGUCUGGAGUGGAAUCAGCGGUUGCUUCUUUCAGCGACUCUAAAAAAGGAAAUUGCAAUGAUGAAUGCCCGUCUGAUGUGGAGGAAUUGAUAAAUAUCUCAGAGGGCUCAAAAGCCUUAUUGGAUGGCGAAUCAGAAAGUUCUGGGGAUGAUGAUAUCUUAAGGUUAACUGACAUAAAACAUACAGUGGCCGAAUCAUUUGUAGGACAGCGAACCGAAGUUAUAUCCAAUGAAUAUGAUGAUGAUGGAUACGGGAGUCCUACAGUUCCUUGUUCAGACAGAGAAAAAGAUACAAACACGGCCAAUAUUGGGACAGAUGGCCUAUGUGAGGACAUAUGGAAGCUGGAGCUGGAGAUAUUUACAAUAAAAGACAAAGUGCAAGCCGUUCAGAAUUCGGCUGAUUUUGAUGCUGUUGUAGCUCAACCAAGAGAAGAAGAACAUCUUGAAAAUGUCAUGUCAGGAGAGCUAGACGACAUAAAAGAGUUGGAAACGGAAGUGCUCACAGAAAAAUUUGAUGGCAAAUCCAUUGUUAGUUCGGAUGAGUCUAACUCUUCAGCUAAACUAAUAACAAAAGAUCAACGAGAUACCUCUAAUGAGUUCGGCAAUGAGAAACUGAUGGUUGUGCUUGAAAGCAAUGAUGAGCAUUUUACUGUGUCAAAGGAGCUUGUACAGAUUGAUGGUACUGAAGUAGAAGAUGAACUGGGGAAAGCAUCUUCUGAAGCUAGUAGCCUCCAUUUGGAGAAAAGAUUUAUUUUGCUUGAAGCUGAUGCUAGUUUGUUCACCGAGAUUGUUCAAGGCAACAGUUCUAAAAAUCGAGCUGGUGAAUAUUUAGUUAAGGAUGAAACUAACAUGCACGAGUCUGCACCGGGAACCGAUGAAGAAGAAAAACUACUGUCUGUCAAAUUUUCGGAGCUGGGUUUUAAAAGUAAUGGACAGAAGCAAGAAAAUGAUAUUGGCAAUCUUAUACGCAGCGUAAACACUUCGGAGAGUCCAGUACAACAGAGAGCUGGACGAAAGCGAAACAAAUCGACAAAU